AUGGCUGAGUAUGACUUCAUCUUCCCAGAGAACCCAAAGAGGCGGCAGGAAGUAAACCGUCUUCACCAGCAGCUUCUUGACUGCUUAUCUGAUAGCUUCCAAGCCACCAAUAAGCUGAUUGAGGUUCUAAAUACACACCUGGGGUGCAGGUUAGCCUCAAUUGAGAUGCAAAGAGAUGGAACUAUUAAAGAAAACUGUGAUGUCAUCAUCCAGACUAUGACAAAAAUUCAAAAAGAAAUGCAAAAGAUUGAUGAAGCACUAAAGGAUAAACUAGAGCCAACCCUUUACAGGAAACUCCAAGACAUUAAGGAAAGGGACACAGAGAAAAUUGCAAUAGUACAAAAAGUCAUUUCUGUCAUUUUGGGAGAUGUCACUUCUACAACAAGUGCAGUGGCUGUUAAACUCAUAGCCUCAAAUGUCACGAGUGGUAUUAUUAACACACUGGUCAAGGUUUUAGGUCAAAUUGGUGCAUCUCUCCUUGGAAAUAUUACAGUUGCUGUUAUUAGUCUUGGGCUAGAUAUGAUCGUCCGUGCCAUCUUGGGAGCUGUGGAAAAGACACAACUUCAAGCAGCCAUCAGAAGUUACGAAGCACAUCUGGUAGAAUUCAAGUCAGCCUCACAGAAAUAUCACCAUGCCAUUACUGAAGUCAUCAACACAGUGAAGCACCAAAUUAAAUGA